GGAUAACCCAAAGACGAACAGUAUUCAACGAGUACCAACUUAGUUCGUUUCGCGACGUCUUCAAGAAUCAGUGUCUUUGCCGUCGAUGAAGUCGUCGUGUGCGCGAGUUUGAGAUGCAUCGCGAAUAACCAAAAAGAAAUUAUUAAUUCAAAUCGAAAUCGUUUAUACACGAACCCAAGAUUAACAAGAAAAUAAUUAAAAUAAUCCACCAUCAUCUCGUUUAAUAAUAAACAACAACAAAGAUGUGCGAUACAAGUAACGCUUCUACGCAGAGCAUCGCUGAUUAUUUGGCUCAGUUAUUGAAGGACAGAAAACAACUGGCUGCGUUUCCAAACGUGUUCCUUCAUUUGGAAAGGCUUCUAGAUGAGGAAAUUGCCAAAGUACGAGCAAGUUUAUUUCAAAUAAAUGGAGUGAAGAAGGAGCCUUUGGUGUUGCCGGAACCUGAGGGUACAGUGACCACACUUACGGAGAAGGUGUAUGUCCCCGUAAAAGAACACCCGGACUUUAACUUCGUUGGUAGGAUAUUGGGACCAAGAGGAAUGACUGCAAAACAACUUGAACAAGAAACGGGGUGUAAAAUUAUGGUUAGAGGAAAAGGUUCAAUGAGAGAUAAAAAGAAGGAAGAUCAAAAUAGAGGUAAACCGAAUUGGGAACACCUUCAAGAUGAACUCCAUGUUCUUUUGACUGUUGAAGACACAGAAAAUAGGGCCCAAUUAAAAUUGCAAAGGGCUGUUGAAGAAGUUAAGAAACUUUUAGUGCCUCAAGCUGAUGGUGAAGAUGAAUUAAAGAAACGGCAGCUAAUGGAACUCGCUAUUAUUAAUGGAACUUAUCGGGAUUCUAGUUCAAAAGCAGCUUCAGUAGCAGAUCUUACAGCGUGUGAUGAAGAAUGGAGGAGGGUAGCCGCUGCCGCCGCGGAAACACAAAGGUUAUUAUCACCGGCGAUACCCGGUUUAGCAACACCUUUAAGGACGCCGACCGCCCCAUUGGGGGCCCCCUUAAUAUUAUCACCACGAAUGUCCGCGGUGCCGACAACAGCAGCUUCGAUAUUGAACGGUUCGGGGCCUCCUCUGAUUUCCGGCGACCCCCACGGGUUACUUUACACCCCAUUUCCGGCAGAGUACACGAAUUACGCGGCGUUAGCCGCCACACCGCUGCUUACGGAGUACGCCACUGCUGACCAUUCGGGUGCUGCGGCGAAACAGCGCAGGCAUUUGGGGCAAAUGCGCGACCACCCGUAUCCCAGGGCUGGUGCGUUGUCUUAACUUAAAAAUUUAUGAACGGAAAAGGCUUGGAGUGCUAACACCACAGACACCCCACCUACUACUACUCUACUACCAACCUCUACUGUGCGAGCGUCCGAAAAAUAUUAAAUAGAAACUAAAAUUAAAGAAGCGGAAUUGUUACUACUUCUCCUUGGGAUGGUAUGUUGUCUAACACUUUCUAAAAAAAAAUAAUUUCAUUUAAACUAUGAAAAAUACAUCACUAAUAACUAAAUUUAAUUAAUAAAAUAAGCAGGAUGUUCAGGAUACAUAUACAGGGUGAUUUAUAACACACGAAGCUGACUAAAAGGGCCAAAUUGAAGAGAUUUUCUUAAUAAUGUUUUGUUAACAACUUGGAUAUCGCAUAUUAAUCUUUUAAAUAACUUAACGUCUUAAAAUUUUGAGAACCGCUGAUAUUCAGCAAAAUCACAAAAUCUCGAAAACAAGUAUUUAUAACAUAUUUUUAAAGUGCUUUACUUCAAAUUUGUAAGAAAUUUGAUUAAUACUCGGAUCUGCAUCAACAAUUUCUAGAAUUUCUUUUACAUUUAGUCCUUUCUUAGACGUUCUUACACGUACAGGGUGGUUCAAAUUCGAUGUCUGAAUAGGCUAACUCUGAAACUAUAAUAGUUAGAAAAAAAGUAGCUUACAUGUCUCGAUCUCUUUUUUUAAAUAAAUUAUAAUGUCGAAAACCUCAAA